AGUGUAGAGGUAAACAUGGCUGUCGUAGGCUCUCUAUCAAGACUUGCCAGACGGGGCUCUAACAUCUGCCGGAAUCAUCAAUUGAUAUUUUCCAAAAACGUGCAAAGACGAGGAAUAGCUUCAUGUAUCGACCCGGCUCAUGGACUCUCAGAUGAACAGAAAGAGUUUCAAAAAGUGGCCUUUGACUUUGCAACCAAUGAAAUGGCUCCUCACAUGGCAGAGUGGGACCACAAAGAAAUCUUCCCCGUGGAGACGAUGCGGAAAGCAGCUCAGUUGGGGUUUGGUGGGAUCUACGUUCAGCCAGACAUUGGAGGAUCGGGCCUUUCUCGGCUGGACACAUCGAUCAUCUUUGAGGCUUUGUCCACAGGAUGUGUGAGCACCACAGCUUACAUCAGUAUCCACAACAUGUGCGCCUGGAUGAUUGACACCUUUGGCAAUAAUGAGCAGAGAGAAAAGUUCUGCCCUGAUCUGUGUUCAAUGGAAAAGUUUGCAUCUUAUUGUCUCACUGAACCAGGCAGCGGUAGUGAUGCUGCUUCGCUCCUGACCUCUGCACAGCGGAACGGUGAUCAUUACAUCUUAAAUGGCUCAAAGGCCUUCAUCAGUGGAGGUGGAGACACAGACGUGUACAUUGUGAUGUGCAGAACGGGAGGUAAAGGACCUAAAGGCAUCUCCUGUUUGGUGGUGGAAAAGGGAACUCCUGGCCUCAGUUUUGGCAAAAAGGAAAGGAAGGUGGGUUGGAACUCUCAGCCUACCAGGGCCGUGAUAUUUGAAGAUUGUGCUGUUCCAGUGACCAACCGGCUUGGUGAAGAAGGACAGGGCUUCAACAUGGCCAUGAAGGGCCUGAAUGGCGGCAGGAUAAACAUUGCUUCCUGUUCUCUUGGAGCUGCACACGCCUGCGUGCUGCUAGCGAAGGAUCACCUACUUGUGCGCAAGCAGUUUGGAGAGACGCUCGCUAACAACCAGUUUCUUCAGUUCAAGUUGGCAGAAAUGGCCACCAAGUUGGUCGCGUCUCGCCUUCUGGUUCGUCAAGCUGCGACAGCGUUGCAGGAGAACCGGAGCGACGCCGUUUCUCUCUGCUCCAUGGCCAAGCUCUUUGUCACAGAUGAGUGCUUUAAUAUCUGCAACCAGGCUCUCCAGAUGUACGGAGGAUAUGGUUACCUGAAAGACUACGCUGUACAGCAGUUUAUGCGGGACAUCAGAGUCCAUCAGAUCCUAGAAGGAACCAAUGAGGUGAUGAGGAUGAUUAUUUCCCGAAAUCUGCUGACAGAGUCCUGAUGCACCUUUUCUCCCUGAUCUUCAUUUGACCAUGUUGUUGUGGUCAUAGUUAGUUUAUUACUGUGACUGGUGCAGAAGUGACUGGGGAGUUUUAGGUACACCAGUCAGUAAAACUUAGGAUUUUGUAGUGUAAUUUGGGAUCAUUUGUUGCAUUUUCAGUGGCAACAAGACUCUUGGGAUGACGAUGAUUUAUCACCUUGUUCUUUAACAAUAGCUUGUAGUCAAAUAUUUGAGUAAAAACUGCCAAGAUUUUGAAGAAUAACAUACAGAUUUGGAUCUCUCAGAGGAAAUUAAAAUCUGGGCACUCAUGUGCUAUCUUUUCACGACUUGGACUCAUACAUGGACCAGAACUAGACAAGAAUGGGACAUUCAGAGCGUUGAAAAAAGCUAGAUGCAAUCUGUUUUUUGCUAAAAACGGUUUAGACUGUCUGUGUAAACAUCGCCACGGUCUCACAAUUCUGUGAUUAGACUGAGAUGACAAUUUGUGUCUGGUAAAAAUUAUGAAAACACCUUUCAUUGUUCGUAACUGUACAAUACUUUUUUUUUUUUUAAACGUAGAUUAAGAUAAAACAUUUUAUUUUUUUUUAUCUGUCAAAUCAGGCUCUUCUUUCCAAUAGCUGAACUCAGUUUCUAAGAAGACAUUAGGAUAUUUUUUUUCCUGUUAAUUUACAAGACACAAUGCCAACUCCAGUAUUACCAGAAACGUGGUCGUUCUUUAUCCCGUGCAGCGUAAAUGCUUAUGUUCCUAAGUGGCCUUUCACAUCUUAUUUAUAUCAUAGUUACCUCAUUGUGACUGAACAGUUACCCUGAGUUGUGGUCUGUAUGCAGCAAAGUGAAAUAUGUGGGUUAGGUUUUGUUUGAGAUGUUACUUUGCAAUAACACUCCAAAAUAAAUGAUCACAUUUCCUAC